CUGCUAGCAUGACCCGGCCUCUGCCGCUGCUGCUGCCCGUGGUGCUCGUGGCAGCGGCCGCCUCGGGCGCGCGCUGCCCGCAGGACCAGGACCGCUGGGACGCGAGCAACAAGGCGCUCACCGCGUCGCUCGUCUUCCAGGGCCGGCUGCUGUCCAAGUCGGUGGACGCGGCAGGCAACCUCCUGGCGCGCUUCCGCGUCCAGAAGGUGCUCAAGCCCAUGCCGACGGCGACGUUGCGUCGACGCCAAGAGGUCGUCGUCGCCCUGGUCAAGAGCCGGCCGCCGCCCACGCAGCAACACCUCAACCGUUCCGCGUCACCGCGCGCUCCGCGUCGCGAUGAGCUCAACAACGAGGCCCUGGCGCCCCGCCGGCGGACCUUGUGCCCCGUGUCCGUGCCGCAGGGAUUCGUGUUCAACGCACGUUACCUCGUCUACGCCAACCCCAUCGCCGGCCGCGCGGCACGACGGCUGCUGCUGCCGGCGGCGGCUAACUUCUCGGCUGCCGCCACACCUGACCACUACACGCGCCGCGCCGGACGCGCCGUCAAGAAGGUCGUCUGCAACGGAUGCGUGCUAAAGCCGGCGCAGGCCAAGUGGCUGCGGUCCACGUCGCGGGUGGACGCGUACCGGCGGUUACAGCUCCGCUGCAAGCUCAACGGGAACCCAAUCCCCUGGGUGCAGUGGUACUUCAUGGGCAAGCCCGUCACGCCCAACUCCAGGGUGCACAUCGUCACCAAAUGGCGCCGAUCUCGGCUGGAGAUCAAGAGCGCCCGGCGGCAGGACUCGGGCCUGUACGAGUGCCGGGCGUGGAACGUGCUGCGCAAGGAGCCGUCCACGGUCUCCGUGAGCGUGUCGGUGCGCGACCGCUACCCGCCGCCACCGCCCACGCCGGAGCCCACGAGGGCCACAGCGUCCACCACGACCAACGACUCUACACUAUGGCCCUUGAAAGGACGGCCCUGCCCGCUGGCCUCCUACUGCCUCAACGGAGGGACUUGCAUCUUCUACGAGGCCGUCAAGGAGCCCGUCUGCCAAUGUGCAGAAGGAUUUAUCGGGCAGCGUUGUGAAAACAAGGACACUGCGUCACUGAAAACGCCUCCUGAAUUUGAUACGACGAUCCAAAUGAUGCAGUCCUACUGGGUCCGAUAGGCGUCGCCUGCUCUAGGAAACUAUUUAUACAUAUAUAUAUAUAUAAAUAUAUAUAUGAGACGGUGUAUGUACAUAGACUAUUUAAAACAAGCAACAAAAGAUUCGCUGGAGAAGAAGAGCCAACGAAAAAUCAAAACGCUUCAAAAUGAACAGAUGUGGAAGCAAUGAUUGAACCAUGAGCAUCGUCCUUACAGGCAGGGAGUCAUGCUUAUAUAGUAUUUGUGGCCAUUUUUAUGGGGGUGGUGCUAUUCCUGGAAACCUGCUUCCUCGUCGUCCGGACUGCCAAAAGGCACAUGAAAACUCACAAGAAAAGAAGGCCAUGGGCCACAUCUGAGCAGACACCUAAAUGUACCCAAAAGGUCGUCAAGCUGCCAGCACUGGCUGGCCGUUCAGCAGUCCCAAGAAUGUGUGACGGUGCCACCUCUGACAGGCAAGCCUCCCCGAGGUCUGCACCGAAGUGUUUUGCCAUGCAGCCACGACAGCAAGCAACUGCUACUCAGAGGCCACCAUCGCACCAGUCAAAGGGCAGCAAGCUUCAAGGAUACAGUGAUGGGGAAUAAGACCAGUCUAUUGCUGGCAGCUCAGUGACAGCCACAAGCGGAGCAUUCCAGUGCCAUUCGUGCAGUUCGGCAGUUCAGGAGCUUAGACUCAUGUGCCGGGACAAGUCUUUUUGACGAAGAACUUGAGCAUCAUGUGCGAAACGUUGUCAGCGAAGUACAGCAUGCGUUUGUCCAUGCCAGUACCAAAGAAAUAACUUGAACAGCACACUGCAUUUUUUUUUCGUUGUUGUUGUCCUUGUCAUCAAAAGCUGUGCCUCGCUGACGACGUCCGUGACUCCCCCCAUACCCAAACCCCUGUCCUACCCCCCCAUCCAACGGUGGCAGUUCGUUUCCGGGCAGAUUUGAGGGAUGGCCACACCAGCUCUCGACAAAAAUGGAUUGUGCUUCAGCAGUUUUUCUUGUUUUCUCUUCUCGAAUCAUGCCAUUCCUGCAUUUAUUACUGUCGUGUGUUUUUGUUUGUGCAGAGUAUCUUUUCAACAUGCUGAACAAGUGAACUACAGUUGCUUUUUUUUUAUUAUUAGUUUAGACGCAUACCCCCGCUUCUGAGAUGCAAUGAAUUCUGUAUGCGUGUUGCCUGAAGCAGCAGGCGAUGGUGUAUCGUGGACUAUAUUUAUUUUGGAGAAUUCAGCAACUCAACGAGCUGGGGAUGUGACUUGCAUUUUGGGAAAGCAUUAUGUUAGAUCUUUACCUCAGUAAUGUUUGGUCACGUCAUCUUGAUGUGGCAAAAAAAAAUGCUUGAAGUCGUUAGCUUUAGCACAGCUUUGUGCUGACUGCAUGUUGCUCGCUCGUGCUGUGUUGUGAUUUUCCUUUUUUUUUUAACUUAUGAGUGAUGAGUGUCUGAUAGGCUUUUGUACUUAUGUGGGCCUAAUGUACUGACUGAGCAUGUCUCUCAUCUGAGAGAGGCUGUUUGAACUACUCGCUAUAGUUGUUGCACAUAUACACUACUGCCAUAGUCUCUCGGUGGCAUCUUCUCUGGUUGCUGAUGGCUUUAGAAGCUCUGAAGGGACAUUUUGCCAAGUAUGAGUCUGUAUGUGCAAAUUAUGUUCUAAGCCUGCUGGGCGGCAUCUUAUUCUCUGGUAUAAGAGAUGCUGUUGACACAUACUGACAGUACUCUUUCUAAACGCUGGCAGCCAAGACAAAUAGGGGUCCUGCAUGCGGUGAUAACAUGUUAACACACUUUUUCCCAAAUACAAUUACAAAAAAAGCGACUAAUGAACAAACUACUGGCUAGCUGCAAUAGAUCAGAACAUAUGCCAUUUUAGUCAUUACAUGAACAGUACAUGAAGAGCUGUAAUGCACAAGCCCAAACACCUUAUGAAAGAAGUUUUGACAGAGAUAUCUGACCUGAAGAUAUGCCGCAGUAUAUUGUAGAUAACGAAAGAGAACAUUACCAGUGCAUAAAAAGUGACUAAUAAGAAGCAUUAAAAUCAUGAAACUAAAAUAGUAGUGGUAGUAGUAGCUUCAUCAUGGCAUUGCCUUUGCUCGCCAAGCAGAACUGCAUUUUGUUUGCUUAGUGCAGUUGUGUCUUUCAUCAGAACUGCAUUUAAAAGAAAAUCAAGAAGCUGAUGAGAAAAAUAGUGUUUGUGCUGUCUCUACCUAGCAUGUGGAUAUUAAACAAGCUACAAGUACUGCACAGUGGUCAUUUCAAACCAAUAUAAACACAAAUAUUAAAGAAAUAUUAACUUCCCACAUUAAUUUUUCUGCUUAAAAAAAAGAAAAUGCAGCACAGUGAAGAGGUUUGGCAAAAGUCAGAUUUUUUACCUCCCAUUAGAGACACAUCGCCAGGCCCCAUCUGGAAGUCCAUUCAGUUAAGCAGGUAGUAAAUGAGCAGGCCGUCAUUGUGUGUGCUGGUUGACUUUGCAGUGGGCACUCAAAGCAGCUGGUAUACGGAGCACAUGGACACUUUUCUAUGGCAAACACAUUACAAAAUUGUAGUGACCCCAACAUAUUCAGCCACAACAGUAUACCAUCUGACAAAAUCAAAUAUCAAAAUGUUAAAUCGUAUACUUUGAUUUGAAAUGGAAGUACUAGCUUGUAUUUUAAAUGUUUAACAUUUACGAAGUCCUAUCAUUAGGCAGUGGCCAUCCAUCUGACGCAAUGUAAACCGCAUAGCGACCACAGGGACUGAAUGGACCACUUCUGCAGUUUCACAAGUUCGCAUCCCUGAACAACUUCGCAGCAGCCACCAAAAACACUCCUGAACAGGCUACGUUCUAGGUGGACUGCUCAAGGGAAAGCACACGACCACUAUUGAUGUGCCUCAUUCAGAUAUUUCCUUUGUUUGUGUACUGGGCUAAACAAUUAGCUAUAAAAUUAGUCCAUGUGCUGAGCUAUAUAAUAAACGUAAACAGUAGGUCUGCGGACAAAACUUAUUCGUGGUGCUAGAGCAUUACAGAGCAGCCGACUUAUCGAACAUUGCAGGAAGGUCUCGAACGGUCACAAAAUUUAACAACAGAGUUGGCAAUUGCCAGUAACUGGCAGCCUGGUACCCAAAGAAACCCCUACACAGGACUAUAUAACAUACGGCACGCUGCCAGAAUGCUUACUUUCUAAAGUUCCCACUGAAUCUAAACUUCAGUGUAUAUACGUAAAGGGAUUACCUUCUCUUACCAAGGUCUAAAAACUGCUUUAGUCAUUCAGCCCGACAGCGUAGUCGGGUAACUGCAAGAUAUAGAGACCUCAACUGUUCCCUAUUGUGCCUUGCAACACAAAACAAUUGUACUUUCUUGAGUUUAUUUUAGCAUGCACGACCCCUAUAGUAUAGUUUAAAUGCUGCCUCUUCUACGACAGCUCAUCUUACAUGAUGUACCUGGCUCGAAAGCUACAUAGGGCAAACUUUUUCCGAUCAGACUAGUAAACUGCAGAAUAUGUCAAACAAAAACAUGCGUCUUUUAGCUGCCACAGAGGUAAGCUCUAUUAAGAUAAUUUCACUCUAAAUAAGGCAUAGAUUUGAAAGCCACCGGGGGACCCUGCUACUGCCAAAGUGGGUACAAGAUAAGCUUCUAGAGUCACACGGUGGCCGCACAAUGCCACAAGCUUUUUAGAUUGCUGUUUGUGAGAAAGCAUAGUGUCAUGUUAAGGUGUAUGUAAGCAUGUGUGCGUGGCCUUGACCAUCACGAUGCAAUGCUGUAUUCAAUUUUGUUUUUACACUUUCGCUCUGAACGCAAGAAGGUCACCGUUUAAAAUGCUUACAUUACAAGCUACAUUUCAUAACAGAUGUGUCCUUCAUUGUAACUGCAGCAAGCUCUCAUAACCAAAGACCGUGUGGACUGGCUCUGCAAAGUGUUUUUGCUAAUGCGCAAAGAUAUGUAAACCAACCCGAAGUCUAAAAAUGCUAAGCAUAUUCAACAAGAGUCUGAGCAACAGUAUAUGAGCAAUAGAUUAGACCCCUUCUUUCUUGUGGGACCUCGGGUUAUGGUGCAAUAGGCUUUGAGGUCCCUUUUCACACAACUCGGCCGGCGCUCUUUCUUACACCUUGAUCUCAUUUAGUUCAUUGUGUCUAUGUAAUGUAGUAGUGUGUCCUCCCGAUUAGUCAGUCUAUACAUACACAGACAGCAGCAGCAGCUUGGCUUGCUUUCAAGUGUGAGGUACACCCACUGGCUUUGUGGUCACACACAUUGGUUCAGUCACAAUCACUGCAAGUCAUUUCAAGCAGCCUUUUCCCUUCAUUACUACCGUUGUUCCUAAACUUUGCUGAUUACUUCAUUUGUAUCUAAGCUAUUCUCAUUUCUUCCACCGAGCAACAGCACUGUUCGAGCUUUGAUGCGAGUCACUGUUUGUAAAUGCUUUUGAUUGCGUGUGAUGGUUAUGCAGCAGCUUUGUAUGCUUCAUCGACGGUGCUGAGUGAGUUUGGAAAGAAAAGGUUCAGAAUUAUAGGAGUGUUUUUAUGGAGAUUCCACAGCUGCCAGCGUGCAUUUCAAGUGGUUGUAAAUAGAGUGAUGCAGUUUGGUUCUUGUACAUACAGUUUUUUUUUUCCUGAGACAGCAACAUUACGAAUACAAGUUACAGUGUUAGACUGUUGAGCGUGCAAGGGGAACAGAAAGCAUUAUGGCCUUAUUGUGCAAACCUUUGCACAAGUAUAACGUGUGUCAGUGCAUGUAAAAUUUUAAAAGUCUGCUCAGAAAUUCUGCAUUAGGUAAACGUGCAACAAAUUCGACCACAUUCUCGACCUGUGCUUAAAAUGACGGUGUGUCGUGCAAACCAUACCAAAACUUCCUUGCACCAAAACUGUGUUGACUGCGAGUAGUUGAUAAGCAAUGAAAAUGUUCUACGGAAUACAGGGUGCCAACUCAACUUGUUACUCUGCCUUCCAAGCUAGUUUGGGCUUUCCUUCCUUUUUUCUUUUUUGUUGAUACAAGUCAAUGUGUGCAGAAGCCUUAAAACUGUGUUAAAAAAAAAAAAAAGGAAGGAGCACCAUUCACCUUAUGCACAAUAUUUUAAGCCACAUAAAUACUGCCCUUGAAGUUCCACAAGAACAGCUAAUGCAUACCUCAAGUGACUCUACCCUCCAAGUAUGAACGACAUGCUGUCUCUGCCUGCAUUCGAAGGUUGUGGUGUCAGUAGGCAGGAGUGUGUUUUUAAUGACCAGAGUGCCUAAAGGGAGUCAAUGGCAACACAAAGUGCCACGAAGAAACGCUGCCAAAAAAAUGCGACGCAUCAGUAAUAUUCCAAUGUAAUUCUGCGCUUAGCCAGUUAGCCGACCCUCAUAACAUGCCAGAAUUUCGGGCUGCACUAAAAUUCUGCCAAACAACUGUUCGGGCAAAAUGAAAAAAUUACUAAAGCAGUCAAUUACACUGUGCAGCUGCCAGAGAGAAUGCUGUCAAAACGUGACCACACUGCUAAAAUUGUCACUUUAAUAGCACAGUAGCCUACCAACUAGCUCUACUAAAGGGUAGGACGAAAUUUCAAUUACUGAGGCUGAAGCAAAAACAGCAAUGACUUCAGCAGGAAAGGAUGCCCCAGGCUGACAAAAUGUGGUGUUGAGGCAGGAUGUAAUUGCAUACAUAAAUGGAAGGAAGGUUUGGAUGUUGACAAUAGCACAGAGCAGUAAAAUAUAUUUUAAUGUCAUUAAAAAGGAACACAUACAAAAAAAAAGAACAGUGAGAAGGGGAAGAGGGAGGAAGGAACGUUCAACCCUUGGUUUUUGCAUGCAUAUAGGUUAUUGCAUAAGCGGCCCACAAUUUGUAGCACUUUUUUUUUAACACGUUUACUCACAGUAAGACAGCAACUGAAUAACAGGUGCUGUAGUUUUUUGCCCAACUUUCCUAGGGCACUGCUUCCGGAGAUCUGUGCGCGCGACACUAAAAACGAAAAGACCUUUCUUUUAAAUCUGAGCAGUGCCAACACAAAGCAUUGUAUUUGUGAGCUCAGGGAGCAUGGGAACACUGCCUUCAUUGUUGGUAUUGUGUAGGGAGACGUGCUAUACUCUGCCAGAAAAAUAUUGCGCGACUACUUUCGGUAGACAGAGUACUGUUUUAAAGUCAGCAACUCUGGUGUUUCCAGUUUUUUAAACCUGUUUCUGAAUGUGCGCGAGUCCUGAAAGGCAGCUCUCAAUCUUUGCUGCCUUUAUGAGUGACAAAGGGAAAGAACGCAUUCACACCAUUGCAUUUUCUUUCAUUUGUUUUACAUUUUAAAGCACACUAUUUUGCAUUUUUCACUCCCUUUACUAGCAGAGUGGCAUCCACUGAAACAGAAAUGUUGUAAAGCGGUGCUGUCCCCUACUUCGUUGUUUUUUUUUUUCGGAUAUCAUCACCUACACUUGUUACGAUAUGAAAAAAAAAGUGUCAUUCACUGGAAACGUGUGCCAUAUGUUUCAUAGCACAUUCGGAUGCAUUUUAUUUAUUAAUAAAAUAAAAGUCGGUUA